GUUGUUUUCUUGAUAGCCGCCUGGGGUUCCUACUCGUCGCCGCUGAACUCCGCCACUGCAAAAUUGGUCUUUACAGCGGCACAACAGACUGACUCUUGGUUACAGAUGGACCAGCAGGACCAGUCCUAUAUGUUUGCCAGUCUGAAACGGCCUCACUCAGAGCAGCUGCUGCAGGGCCUCCAGCUCUUGCGGCAGGAUCACGAACUAUGUGACAUUGUCCUGCGUGUGGGUGAUGCCAAGAUCCAUGCCCACAAAGUGGUGCUGGCCAGCAUCAGCCCUUACUUCAAGGCCAUGUUCACGGGUAACCUGUCAGAAAAGGAGACCUCUGAGGUGGAAUUCCAGUGCAUCGAUGAGACUGCUUUGCAGGCCAUCGUUGAGUAUGCCUACACUGGCACUGUGUUUAUCUCCCAGGAAACAGUGGAAUCUCUGCUCCCAGCUGCCGACUUACUCCAGGUGAAGCUAGUACUUAAGGAGUGUUGCUCCUUUUUAGAGAGCCAGCUGGAUGCUGGGAACUGUAUAGGCAUCUCCCGCUUUGCAGAGACUUAUGGCUGUCAUGAUCUGUGCCUGGCUGCAACUAAGUUCAUCUGUGAGAACUUUGAGGAAGUUUGCCAGACGGAGGAGUUUUUUGAACUGACAAGGGCUGAGUUGGAUGAAAUCGUGUCCAAUGACUGCCUUAAGGUGGUCACAGAGGAGACUGUAUUUUACGCCCUGGAAUCGUGGAUCAAAUACGAUGUAACGGAGAGACAGCAGCAUCUGGCUCAACUGCUGCACUGUGUUCGCCUUCCACUCCUCAGCGUCAAAUUCCUCACUCGCCUAUACGAAGCCAACCACCUUAUACGAGAUGACCAUGCAUGCAAGCACCUGCUCAAUGAGGCCCUCAAAUAUCAUUUUAUGCCUGAGCACCGGCUUUCAUAUCAGACUGUGUUGUCGGCACGGCCCAGGUGUGCCCCUAAGGUGCUUCUUGCAGUUGGAGGAAAGGCUGGACUGUUUGCAACAUUAGAAAGCAUAGAAAUGUAUUUCCCUCGGACAGAUUCAUGGAUAGGACUGGCCCCUCUAAGCGUCCCCCGAUAUGAAUUUGGAGUGGCAGUUCUGGACCACAAGGUGUAUGUGGUAGGAGGCAUCGCCACACACAUGAGACAGGGCAUUAGCUAUCGGAGACACGAGAGCACAGUGGAGAGCUGGGACCCGGAGAGCAACACCUGGUCCUCGGUGGAGCGCAUGGCCGAGUGCCGCAGCACGCUCGGGGUGGUGGUCCUGGCCGGAGAGCUGUACGCCCUUGGAGGCUACGACGGCCAGUAUUACCUCCAGUCGGUGGAGAAAUACGUUCCCAAGUUGAAGGAGUGGCAGCCGGUGGCACCCAUGACCAAGUCCCGCAGCUGCUUUGCCACCGCUGUGCUGGAUGGCAUGGUGUAUGCUAUUGGAGGCUAUGGCCCAGCCCAUAUGAACAGCGUGGAGCGGUAUGACCCCAGCAAGGAUGCCUGGGAAAUGGUAGCCCCCAUGGCAGACAAGAGGAUCAACUUCGGAGUUGGCGUCAUGCUAGGCUUCAUAUUUGUGGUGGGCGGACACAACGGAGUGUCGCACCUGUCUAGCAUAGAGAGGUACGAUCCACAUCAGAACCAGUGGACAGCCUGUCGGCCCAUGAAUGAACCACGCACGGGUGUGGGCUCUGCCAUCGUGGACAACUACCUCUAUGUGGUGGGAGGUCACUCCGGGUCAUCUUACCUGAACACUGUCCAGCGCUAUGACCCCAUCUCAGACAGCUGGUUGGACUCGAGCGGCAUGAUGUAUUGCCGUUGCAACUUUGGUCUGACUGCCCUUUGACCCAUGGCCCAGCCAGCUAGGACCCAAUAAGAGAACUUAGACACAAAGACGUUUCUUUUUUGUUGUCUCCUCCUCCUCCUUCCCCACAUUCAUCCUCCAGGUGCAGAGGAGCGCUGCACACCAGGGAGAACACCAGAGGAGCGAGAGCCUGCUGGGUGGAUGGAUGUGUCGGGGUAGCUGGCUGGCUAAAGGGGUGACCCACAGACAUGGCUGCAGAGAUGAGGAAGAGCUGCAGAGUUGUGCGAGACAGAGAGGAAAACGAUCGGACAGCUGUUGUCAUGGGCACGAGGAGACGACCGCUCUACUGCUGCUGGACCACAAUGAGGACUCUGAGCCAUUUCCCAGAGGAUUGUGGGAGAAAACUUGUCACUUUUGUUUCAAAAUUCUUUUAUGUUAGCAGACAUUUUUGUUUUUGUUUUUCUUCAUGCCAUUAAUUGUGUUAAACACUCAAAUCUGUUUUUUUUUUUUCUAUUAAUUAAUUUCCCUGCUGCAACCGGAACCACGUGUUCAGAUUUUGUAGAACACCGCAGUUUGCCGGUGUAUUUGUAUGAAUAUGUGGUUGUUGGCCAUGUGGUGUGUAUGUCCGUGUGUAUGCUCGAGGGGGUACAUGCAUGUCAGAUAGGAUUGUUUGUUUCGUUACGUGUCCGGGUGCAGAGCCGAUGCGCGGGCUCAGCGACGCAGGAGUUCUGCAUCAAAAUCAGUGCUUCACAAAAAAGAGAAAAGUUGGAAUCUUUAUAUUUUCAAAAAAGGGCUGCCUUUUUCUCUCUUGUAAAUAGUCUAAAUAAAAUAUAUAGAUAUGAAUAUAUCCUCUAGUGCAUUUGCCUGUAAAUGUUUUUCUGCACUGGGUCACUAGCGUGCGUGCGGAUAUGUGUGUAGUUUGAUUCCAAGGAUCGGCAUAGAGGUGAGUGACACAUUCUCCUGAGUGUUUGUCACCAGUUUCUGCCUCAUCCUGGGAGCCAUUCAAAAAAAAUUUCCAUGUUCUAGCUUCUGUUACAUCUUCCUAAGGUCAGGUCAUGCACUUGCUACUCUUCACAAUAGUUGAAAUCGACCUUGGCCCUCUGCUCACCCUUUGGUCUGUACACAAUACCAACUGGUGCUAUAUUUAGGAUUCAGGAUUCAGCUGUUUGUUCGUGUUGCCUCGCACAAUUAGGUCAACCUCUGUUCAGCCUCUACAUUACUGCGUUAAGAUGUUAUUUGAUUUAUGCGCAUUUAAAUGUGUAAAACUAAAUGCCCCCCUCCCCCCCAACCAUGCAAUAAAAUAAAGUCCUGCUGAAAGGGAAGCAUGUGGUUGAAAAACUGCAAACUUCUGCCCUGAUAAUUACCCCCAAAGUCUGGAAAUUAGCACUAUGUCUGAUUUAAUUUUUGUUUAAUUUCAAAUAUUCCCCUUCCUCACAUCAUCAUCCCUGUUGCUGGAUAUGAGCAUGCUUUGUCAUUGUCUCAACGUUUGUUCCCGGUACAGUGUCACUGUCUUGACUACGAUCAAACGUUUUCUGCCUGUGAUUAAGUCUGACACCUGCUCUUUUCACACGCUACCAAACACGUGAUCCUCAUGUGGUCUUGCUUGCAAGCUCAGGUUUGAGGUAAUCUGUUCACAGCUUCAUGUGAAGUGCCAAAACAAUAAUUUUUUUUCAUCUUUCCCGCCUCCAGUUCUAGACACCGCUUCUUUCGUGUGACAUAAAUGAAAAAUUUCCCUCUCGUCAUUGUUGCUAAUGUAUUAGCAUGACAUUCUUCCACGCUGUCAUACGGAGAUGGAUGAUAAAAGCACCAAGGGCUGUGCCAGCCAACUCAGGCCAUGUUCCCACUGUCACCAGUCCUGUGUCCUGGGUGUGUGUGACUCCAGGCUGGCUGAGGGUGUGUGUCUCUGUGCAGCCUUGGGCUCGGCCAACAGACAGGUCAAGCAAUGCACAGCAAUAGAGGGGGCACUAGAAGAGGAACGGCUAGGUGUGUCUUGUUGAGUCACUUAAUGUUCUACUUUGAGUUGCUUUGUGCAAUGACGUUUGCACACGAGUGGAAACUUUAACCAAGCUCUGCAUUGCACUUACCAAACUAUUUGAUACACAUUGUGAUUUGUACAUAAGUUUUAAUUUAGGAUUAAUGGCAUUUAGGUAAUGCAAUAAGACUUCUGUUCUCUCUCUGUGGAUGAAUAUGUUUUGUGUUUGUCUCUUUAAAAAGCCAAGGCAUCUCAUAUUGCUGUAACAGAACCCCACGUGGCAUGUCUGUCGAUUCACACUGUUGGCUGGUUAAUGUGGACGUCUCAUGAAACAUCAACUGGUACCACUGACUUUGUCUCAUCCUAUCAGACAUCUUGUGUCGACAUUUUUGUUGUGCAUGCUGGUUUGUUUGCGCAAGGCAUAUGUUUUAUAGAAGCAGAUUCAGACAGAUUGCUCAUAAUUUAAUUCAUGGCCAAAUUAGGUUUUUUUUUUUUUUUUUUAAAUUCUGCAGUUUUCACCACAUUUAAGUCUUGUAAAUGUUAGACGGGAUGUGCUCUUCCACUUGUUCUGUUUGUAUGAAAUGAUAAGGUAAACCAUUACUACAGAUGAGAACUUUUAAUUGCCUUGCAAAUUGGUCAGGGUAUCACCGGUGAGACAUUUAGUUUGUUGCAGAUUGUUUGCAUCCCCAUAUAGUAAUUUUUCUUUUUAUUUCUGGUUUAUUUUGGGAAAAAAAACUAUUUCUGCAAAUGUCAUUUUUGUUUAUAGAAAAAAUCUAAAUAAUUUGUCUUUUGUGUUUAUUAUUUGUACUGUUGAUAUUCUAUAACCUGGUUUUGUUUUCUAAUUCUGUCUGUUGUACUAGAUUUUGUCAGUCACAGCACAAAUCACGCAGGCGUAAUUAUGUGCUGCAGCCAUGAUUCAUUAGCAUCAACGUGUAUCUUCAGUUUCAUGAUUAUUGAGGAUUAUCAACUACUUUAAUGAGUUCUGAAAAGACGCUGAUGAAAAUCUGCAAACGUGAAUCUGCAAAAAGAUGGGAUGUUGAAAAACUGAGUUUGUACGUGUUUUCGUUACGGACUAACCAACUUCAUGUUUUUGCCACCACUCUCACCAAAGUGCUUGUUCAAAGAGAGCAGAUGGAUGACUAACACCUGGUCUGCAAAUGGACUGCCACUCUAACGUUUGUGUCUGAAAGAAAAAAAAUCCUUUGAAACUGAUGUCAAUGUUAGCCAAAAUGACCACUCUGCUUCUUUUACAUUUCCCAUCGUGUGUCUGAAGGUGACGAUCUUGAAUUUUAUAUCCUGUGGAUUAAUACUGGAAGUACAAGAUAACCUUAGGUGUAGAAAACAGUAGCUUUUCACAUUUUAUCAUGUUUUGAUUGAAGACAUUUUACAUACAUUUUAGUCAGUUUGUGUGGUGCAGUUGUACCCAGUUUAAAAUAAAUGCCUGCCUUAAAAGGUAC